AACCACCUGAAUAACGCUGCCCUCUCACCUCUGGGUCCAGCGAUGGCACUCUCCCACCCUCACAACAACCUUGGUCUGGGCUUUAACAAGUGCGCCUCCCUCAAGGCUGUGGGGGUUUGGCCACUGGAUAACAGAGCUCUUACUGUAUCUGAACAAAGGAGGACAUUGUUGAGGUCUCUGGGGGUACCAGCAGAUACGGCAGCAAGAGACUACUACAAGGGCUACCCCAUGGUGGACUACUCCCGCCAUCACUCCUCACCCCCCACCUUCCAGCCCAUCGCCUUUCACAAGGACAAGCCCUUCCUGCCCCCUCCAGACAUCCACGCCCCACUGGCCAUAACCAUCACUGCCGCCCAACUCCCCAAGCCCAAGAUCUCCAAGACUAACACCCAUCCGCUUACCUCCAGCUCGGCCUUCAAAGUCUGGGACCCCAGUAAGGGCCAUGUCCAGCAUCCAACGGCCUCCCACAUCGGGCAGGCACUGCAGCAGCAUCCGCAGCAUCCGCAGCAUCAACAACAUCAACAACAUCAACAGCAGUUACAUCAACAGCCCAACAGCCGCCGGCAGGCCUACUCCAACAAGCGGAAGUUCAGCAUUGAGACGCUCCCGGAACUCUUCUCCCAGCCUCUGGGCUAUGGACAGUCACCCCACAUGCACCCCAAAAACAAGGGGCUGCCCACCAACAGCAAGACAGAGGUCACAGUCUGAGCAUGAAUGUUUGGAGAGCAGGAGGGCAAGAAAAGAGUCUAUAGGACUGGGAGUAAGGCCAGGGAGCGAGAGCUUUUUGUACGAAUCAAUGUCGUGUUGAUGGCUGGGGGGACGAACAGGAACAAGCAAUCUUCUUUUGCUAUUUUAAUUGCAGGUUUUCUUCAUUAUUGAUAAUGUAACACCCAAAACGGAAGGUAACGAUCACAUGAAGUGACUCGCUCUCUCUAGACCUGGUUCCCUUAAAUUCCCUCUCCGUCCCAGCGUCCUCCCUGUUUUGUUUUGGUCAAUCUCCUCUUUGCUCCACCUGGCACCACUA